AUGAUUGGUUGUAUCAUUGCUAUUCCAUAUGAUAAUGCUAGUAUUUGUUAUGCAUUCACCCUUUUGUGUCAAACAGUCUUUUAUAUCAUCAAGAAUUGUGACAAAGUUGCAGUAGUAGACGUAUGGUCUGAUACUACAGGUAGUGAUAUUCUAAGAAAAGCUUUCGUGCAUACGGUUCGUGUAAUGUUGCUACAUUUUAUAGCUGGUAUUCUUACAUGGGGUACUCCAGUAAUCCAUUUACAGCUGUUGUUAGCUAAUACCUGUCUUGGUAUUAUCAAUGAUAAAGUUUUUAUCAAAAGAUUAGACUUGUCUUUUGCAUUGACUGUAGUUUGUGAUUUUUUAGCACUUCUGGCACUUCUGGUUCAAUGGGUUCUUCCGUUUCAUCUUCCACAUUUCAGCAUCUAUUUCCAUAGGAUAAAGCAUACUGAUUGA